CCUUCCUUGUUUCUUCUUCACACCCAGAGAACGACGUACGCGCGCCUCAUUCCAUUCUCUCUCUAAUCUAAUUUCAGAAACAACAACCAAGAAAGAAAUGCCAAGAAGCACGGACCGCCGCGCAAUGCUCGGCUGCUUCCCCGCCGUCGUGGGCGGCCGGAGGCCCCCCAAGUCACCGCCGUCGGCCCUCCUUAACCUUACCUACGACGACGGCUCCACCUCCACCUCCGUCUCCGUCUCGCCGCCCUCCUCCGCCUCCACCUCCUCCCCGGCCUUCCUCGACGACGACGACGACGACGCCGACGCGCAGGCCGACGUCGGCGGCCUGUCCUCCGCCAUCGCGUCCCGCCGCCUCUCCCUCGCGCCCCCCGGCCGCUCCAACUCCAUCGUCGACUCCUCCUCCUCCGAGCACGCCACCGCUCCCUGUCCAUUCAUCCCGUCGCAGGAGGCGGUGCGGAGCGUCACCAUGUCGACGGACGCGCCCCGCGCCGAGUUCCUCAAGUCGAUGCUGGAGAUGGCGGAGGCGCUGGGCCUGGACCCGCGCCGCGGCGCCGACCGCGCGCGCAUGCACGACCUCCUCUUGUGCUACAUCGCCAUCAACGACAGCGACACGCUCAGGGACAUCCUCGGCGCAUUCACCGAGCUCCUCUGCAUCCUCAACGGCAACACCACCGGCGACGGCGACGGCACCAGGACAACGCCAUCGUCGACGGCGACAGCAGACAGAGCGACGCAUAGGUAGAAACAAUUGUCAAACGGACGGACAGAUAGAUGGCGCGCGAGAGGCGUACGUUAGGCAUGCAUGCAUGAAACGGGAGAGGGGAUGAUCAUAUCUAGAAGCAGCAAGGAUUAGAAAGGUGGUUCUCAUCAGGGUGAGUCGUCGUUAAG